CUAUUUUUUACAGGCGAAAAGCGAACCAACCUCCACAAUCGCUGAUCCCUCUUGACCUCCAUCAACCGUCGAUACAACCGAUUUUCGAUUUUCUAUCCGCCGCCGCGCGAGAGAAGAAAUGGCAUCGGGGUGGGGAAUCACCGGCAACAAAGGGCGGUGCUACGAUUUCUGGGUCGACUUCAGCGAGUGCAUGUCUCGCUGCCGUGAGCCCAAGGACUGCGUCCUCCUCCGCGAAGACUACCUCGAGUGCCUCCACCACUCCAAAGAGUUUCAACGAAGGAAUCGUAUUUACAAGGAGGAGCAGCGUAAAAUCAGGGCUGCUGCACGGGCCAAGGAGGGUGGGGAGGUUGAUAAGCAUCACCAUACGUAGCAGAAAUCGAUCUUAUCCAUCGAACCGAAGAAGACAAUGAGCAGUCGGAGUAUGAGCAGAACUCUCUAUGUUGGGAAUCUGCCCGGUGAUAUACGCGAGAGAGAGGUGGAAGAUUUGUUUUUCAAGUAUGGACGCAUAGCCCAUAUUGACCUGAAGGUCCCCCCAAGGCCUCCUGGUUAUGCAUUUGUUGAGUUUGAAGAUGCUCGUGAUGCUGAAGAUGCACUCCGUGGUCGUGAUGGCUAUGAUUUUGAUGGGCAUCGUUUAAGAGUUGAACUUGCACAUGGAGGGCGUGGGCAUUCAUCUUCUUCAGAUCGUCAUAGUAAUUAUAGUGGUGGUCGAGGUGGACGUGGGAUGUCCAGGCGCUCAGAUUAUCGUGUGUUAGUCAGUGAACUUCCCCCUUCCGCUUCAUGGCAAGAUCUUAAGGAUCAUAUGCGACGGGCGGGAGAUGUCUGUUUCUCCCAAGUUUUUCGUGAUGGUAGUGGUACAACAGGGAUUGUAGACUACACAAACUUAGAAGAUAUGAAGUAUGCGAUCAAAAAGCUUGAUGGCUCUGAGUUCCGAAAUGCUUUUGACCGCCAAUCUGUUCGCGUGAGGGAAUAUGAUGCGAAGAGGGACUCGUCUAGGAGCCCUAGUCGUGGUCGAUCUCAUUCAAGAGGCAGGAGCUACAGUCGCAGUCGUAGUCCAAGUUAUGGCCGGGGCAGAAGCAGGAGCAAGUCUCCAAAAACCAAAUCUUCACGCCUCUCACCCGCUAGAUCUCGAUCAAGAUCUGCUUCUCUCCCGCGUUCGCGAUCAAGGUCUCGCUCUCCAUCAGGAUCACGAUCAAGAAGCAGAUCUCCAGUGCCUUCGAAACGCAUUAGUAAAAGCCCGAAGAAGCACAUUAGUAAAAGUCCAAAGAAGCGUAGUACCAGCAGGAGUCCAAUCCGGAGCAGGAGCAGGAGCAAGAGUUUGUCACGGUGAUGUGAUGCUAUCCCGGACCUGAAUUUAUCACUUGGGGCAAGUUUUACAAUCUUUGUUAAAGGACACUGGAAUUCGGGUGACUUUUAUUUAGCGGACUUCUAAGUUUAUGGAUGGAUUCGUUUCGUUUUUAAAAUCGUUGCGUCUGUUACAUUGUUUAUUGCGGCGAACUGUUGUUUAACCGAAACUGGCGUUUUACCAUCUUUGCACUUUGUAAUGCAUUUGAGACUUUUUGCUGCUACA